ACCCGGUCCAGUCCGGACGGGUUCCAUUCAACAGAACCCCCGCAAAUCUGAGAACCUGGGUGGACUUGGAUAUUUCCUGGAUUGUUUUAAUUAAAUUUAACACUUUAUUUAUUUUUUCACCUUGGUGGAUCUUUUGUUUUGGAUUUUUUUUUAUAUAUAUUUUUUUUAUAUUUUUGACCCGGAUCGGUUCUGUUCGGAUACCGAGGAGGAGCGGAGCCUUUAGCCGGGCUGGAGCGCUCAGAGACCGGGACCCGCGCGGCUCAGACCCGAUCCAGAGCAGUGUCGUCUGGCAGAAACAUGGCUCUGAUGAGGUGGGAUGUUCUGGCGCUCCUGGCUGUUGUCUUGACAGUUUCAUGCGGCGCGGCGCCCACAGACAUCCUGUACCGGGUUCCUGAGGAGCAGCCGCCCAACACGCUAAUUGGCAGCCUGGCUGCAGAUCAGGGCCUGCCUGAUACCGGACAUCUCUACAAGCUGGAGAUUGGCGCUCCGUACCUCCGAGUGGACGGGAAAACUGGAGACAUCUAUACCACUGAGGUCCCCAUCGACCGUGAGACGCUCAGAGACUGCCGCAACCUGUUCGAGGACGAUAAAUGCUUCCUGGAGUUUGAGGUGACGAUCACCGACAUGGUGAAGGGGAUCGGAUUGGGGCCGCGGCUUAUUGAAGGUCUCAUUGAGGUUCUGGACAUCAACGACAACACGCCGCAGUUCUCCUCACCGAUCCUCUCCCUGGCCAUCCCUGAGAACACGCACAUCGGCGCCCUCUUCUCUAUCUCCAUGGCGACCGACAGGGACUCCGGCUCCAACGGCGUGGCCGAGUACUCUCUGAGCGCCGGACCAGAUGCCGACCAGCUCUUCACCCUGCAGGUGGCCCUGGACACGGACGAGAAGCUGCCGCAGCUGGUUGUCUUGGGAAACUUGGACCGGGAGAAGAAGGACUCGUACGACCUGAACAUUCGAGUCGUGGAUGGUGGGAAGCCGCCGAGGGCAAGCAGCGCUCUGCUGCGGGUCACCGUGACGGAUCAGAACGACAACUCGCCCAAGUUCGAGAGGAAUCACUACGAGGCCGACCUGCCGGAGAACAGUCCACUUGGACACUCGGUGCUGCAGGUCCGAGCCAACGAUGCAGACACCGGCAUCAAUGGGGAGAUAGACUACAGCCUACACCAGGCGUCCGAGGCGGUCCAGAGGCAGCUGCGCAUCGAUCGCUCUACAGGAAUCAUUUACGUCAAAGGCCUGGUGGACAGAGAGGAAGAGACUUUCCUCAAGUUCUUCGUGGUCGCCAGAGAUCGUGGACCCAACUCAAAGAGUUCCAAGGUUUUGGUGACUAUCAAUGUCAAGGACCAGAACGAUAAUUCGCCAGCUAUCGAGAUCCGUGGUUUUGGCUUGGUAAUCCACCAGGAAGGUGUGGCCAACAUAUCUGAGGACAUGCCGAUCGGUACGCCGGUGGCGCUGGUCCAAGUCUCGGACCGGGAUGAGGGGGAAAAUGCUGUGGUGACGUGUGUGGUUGCUGGAGAUGUACCGUUUCAGCUACGACCUGCAAGCGAGUCAGCCAGCGAUCAAAAGAGAAAGUACUUCCUUCAGACGACGACCCUGCUAGAUUAUGAACGUAUUAAGGAUUACAGGAUUGAAAUUGUGGCUGUGGAUUCUGGAAACCCGGCUCUAUCUAGCACCAACUCCCUCAAAGUCCAGGUCACAGAUAUAAAUGACAACACGCCAAGUUUUUCUCCACCGCUGCUUGAAGUGGACUUUGCAGAGGGCAACCAGCCCGGUGACAAAGUCCUUGAUGUGGUGGCCUCAGACGCAGACAGCGGCAGUAAUGCAGAGUUGAUUUAUAGCAUCAUCGAGCUCUCUGCCGCCAGACUCUUUGAGGUUGAUGCCAACACUGGGGAGGUUCGGGUAAAGAACAUGCUGGAUCGAGAGGACAAAGAACAUUACAAGUUCCACGUUGCAGCAGCAGACAAAGGCAUUCCAAGUAAAACCGGAACUGCUACAGUGGUGGUGAAUGUUCUCGAUCGCAACGACAACGACCCCAAAUUCACACUGAAUGGCUACAGCUUCUCUGUCAUUGAGAACAUGCCUCCACUAAAUCCUGUUGGGGUUGUAACUGUUAAUGAUGCUGAUAAGGGCGAGAACUCCAGAGUGACUCUGUUUGUGGAACCGGACAAUGGAAAGUUCAUCAUCCAGAACGGCACAAGAACCAUCCUGUCCAGUAUUUCGUUUGACCGUGAAAAAGAAAGCACCUACACCUUCCGUCUAAAGGCUGUGGAUUCUGGGGAACCCCCUCGAUCCUCCUUUGUAGGAGUCACCAUCAAUGUCCUGGACGAGAACGACAAUGCCCCCUAUGUCACCAAACCGUCUAACUCUUCCUUCAUAUACCUUGCACCUGUCACACCUCCAGACACACGAGUUGAGGUAGUCGAGGCAGAGGACAUCGACGCUGGACCUAAUGCUGAGCUGCUGUACUCCAUCACAGGCGGAAACCCUUACGGCCUGUUCCAUAUAUCAUCCAGCAGUGGGGAGAUCACAUUGACACGACCUUUACCUGGCAAGCACAAUGGGCUCCACCGGCUGGUAGUGAAGGUCAGUGAUCGAGGCAAACCCCCUCGUCACACCACUGCGCUGGUCCACGUCUUCAUAAAUGAAACCAAAUCCAAUGUGUCCCUCAUUGAGGCGUUGGUUGGUCACAGUCUCUACACACCUCUAGACAGAGACAUUGCAGGAGACCCGGACUACUCCUACAAUCAACAACGCAACAAUGUUUUGUACGCCGUCCUCGCAGGCAUUGCUGUUGUGAUUCUGAUCAUUAUAGCCGUGGUGGUUAUCAGAUACUGGCUGCAGAGGGAUACCAAGAGUGGGUACCAAGCUGGCAAGAAGGAGAGUAAGGAUCUGUAUGCUCCCAAACAGGGUCCAAAAAAUGGCAAAGUAAAAAAGAACAAGAAAAACAAAGCUCCAAAACCCACUAAGCCACUGGAGGAGGACGAGGAAGCCAGUCUGCAGAAAGGCCUCAAGUUCAACCUCAUUAAUGAAGUCAACGACAGUCCCAGAAUCCAUCUCCCCCUGAAUUACCCACCAGGAAGUCCCGAUCUGGGCCGUCACUACCGGUCCAACUCUCCCUUGCCUUCUAUCCAGCUUCAACCACAGUCACCCUCUGCAUCCAAGAAGCACCAGGCUGUUCAGGACCUCCCAGCUACCAACACCUUCGUAGGAACAGGCGACAACAACUCCACGGGCUCCGACCAAUAUUCGGAUUACAGCUACAAGGCCAACCCACCCAAAUACAGCAGCAAACAGCUGCCCCACCGACGGGUCACCUUCUCCACCUCCAACCAGGCCCAGGAUCUGCAGGAUGCCUCCCAACACAGCUACUACGACAGUGGCCUGGAGGAGUCAGAGACCCCCAGCUCCAAGUCGUCGUCGGGGCCGCGGAUCGGACCGCUGGCUCUGCCGGAGGACCACUACGAGAGAACCACACCUGACGGCAGCAUCGGAGAGAUGGAACACCCGGAGAACGACCUCAGGCCUCUUCCCGACGUGGCGAUGACCGGUAACUGCACCCGUGAGUGCACUGAGUUUGGCCAUUCUGACUCCUGCUGGAUGCCCGGCCAGCCUUCCCCCAACCGCAAGGUGUCCAAGAGCUGCGCCCCCAAGCUCUCCACCUUCGUGCCUUACCAGGAGAUGGACGGACAGGAGCAUCUGAUGGCCAAUGGCAGCCCCAAGCCCAUGAUCACAGAGGAGCGUGGGACAGGCGGCGCCGGUGGCAGCAACUCCAAAGUGGCCAGCAUGAGGUUCAUGACCCCCUACAGCAGUGCCUACCCCGGGAGCGGAGACUCAUCUGGUAAAGACUGUGGUCUGGAGGAGAUCCCUCUGAGCCAGGCGGCAGAGUACCACUCGGCUACCACCCCCACCGGCCAGACCUCAAAGAGGGAGAUCUACCUGUGAGGGUGCAACUCUCAAUCUUAACCCCCCCCCCCCCCAACCAUUUUACACCUGCCUCACCCUGACGGUGGCUCUGCCUCACCUUCCACCCCUGACAGCCGCCCCCUGUGCCUAGAACUCACGGUGCUGCAGCACCGACUCACCCUAAUUCUUUUUUGAACUGCAUCACCAAACAAGGCUUUAGAUCCCCACCUGCCGCUGCCAUGCCCCCCCCCC